AUGCAGCUCCUUCAAGUUUUGCAUUUACUUAUCUUGAUCUCUUUAACAGCAACAGUAACAAAAGCCGAGAGAAUCAGCAAAAAAGGAUGCAAUGAUAGGUGUGGAGAGAUAUCGAUUCCAUACCCUUUCGGGAUUGGAACAAAUUGUUCACUAAACAAAUGGUACAAUAUUGAUUGUAACUCCUCGACACCGUAUCUGUCUGCACUCAACAACACGGAGGUCUUGAGUGUAAAUUCAGAGGACGGCUACAGAUCUGGAGCGGUCACUGUUAAGGUCUCCACCACUUUUGAUUGCGUGAGGUCUGUCCAGCAUAGCACUCCUGUCCUAAGCAACGAGAGUCCCUUUUAUAUUUCCACUUUGGCUAACAAACUCUUCGUUGAGGGGUGUGGCAUUAAUGCUGACUUGAUGGUGGAGAAGACUAUUGUUGCUAGUUGUUCAACGAUUUGUCGUAAUGAUACUGUCAGCGAUAGAAACAACUGCUUUGGCAUUGGUUGUUGCCAAGCCACGUUUGAUAGUACUGAUACGAUUUAUAGUAAUUAUGGUGGAUGGUACUAUAAAGAACAUCAGAAUAUCAAGACGUUUAGGUUGAAUGUAACAGGCUUGGAAGGGCCGGCUGGAGACGAGAUAUGUAGGUCUGCCUUCCUGAUGGACAGUUCAUACUUCAAAGCAGGCUUUCCAAUUGACAAGAACAGCACUUACGUUCCCAUAACACUUUCGUGGUAUACAGAUACCCAAGACGACAGCAAUACUUCUCCAGAAUGCAAAAAGUGUCGACUUAAGGGAUCAAAAGACCAAGUUAUGGGACCAAAAGAUGCUACUUUCUUCCCGAAAUCUAUAACUAAGCUUAGAUUGAACAAGUUCCAGUCUUUAUAUCUCCAAACGGCUGAAAGUGAUGCACAAAAUCUGGAUCUACUGGCUCUUUCCUUUCAUUAG